AUGACCGUGUCGACCGCUCCCUCGUCCGACGACGCGCAAAAGUACAGGCAAGAACGGCACCGGGGUGGAAAGGCGCAUGCGAGGGCCGCGAAAGACGGUCAACGCCCAAUCCGCGCCGAGUUGCUCAAACAUGGGGAGCGACGCGACGACCAAGCCAUCCAAAAGACCGACCGAUAUUGGCAAAAGGGGUCCGCCGAUCAUGGCCUACCAAAGCAUGGCUUCUGGACCGAGCGCGACACACGCAAAGAAUGGAAAGAUCCUGGCCCCGCUCCCAUGAUCAAAGAUAUCACCCAGAGUACCACCGGCAGCCGUGAACGGAGGUCGAACCACAAGUAA